ACAAAACUUCCGCCCUCUUCUGCUGUCACUUCCUGGUCCUUGCCAUGAAGGGAAAAUAGACGUGGUUGUGUCUGGUGUUACCUUGAAUUAUGGGAAAGGUCCUUUCCAUGAAGGGAAACUGUGCAAAGCAACGGAGGUGAGAUACAGAGAGAGCCUAGGGAGGCAUACAGACUGCAGUGCUAAUGGAGAUGCAGCAAGCAAAUGGAGAGAGCCAUGGCAGUCACAGUAGAGAGACUGGGGAUGGAAUGGCGCAGAGAGAGAGGUGGGGUGCUAUGGCGUUUCAUCCAACAAGAAUCCCUGUGCCGAGGUUCUCCGGAGUAGAUAAACAGCGGUUUCUACAUGAACUGUAUCCUUUGAGAAAGCCGGCUGUGCUGACAGACCUGGAUUUGGGGGCCUGUAAAACCCAGUGGAGUCUGGAUUACAUGAGCAGGAGAGGUGGAGAGCGCCAGGUGAAGAUCCACGUUUCUGAGCUGCCACAGAUGGAUUUUAUCCAGAAGAAUUUCCUGUACAGAUCUCUGCCAUUUAAUGUAUUUGUGCAGCGGGCAGCGGAGAACAAGCACAGAGACUUCUUCAUCUCAGAGGAUGAGAAAUACUAUCUUAGAUCAUUGGGUGAAGACCCUCGCAAGGAUAUUGCAGACAUCGCUACGCAGUUCCCAGAGUUGGCGGCAGACAUCCAGAUUCCGGAGUUCUUCCAGAAAGACCAAUUCUUCUCCAGUGUGUUCCGUAUCAGCUCUCCAGGACUGCAGCUCUGGACGCACUAUGAUGUUAUGGAUAACUUGCUUAUUCAAGUGACUGGGAAAAAAAGAGUCGUCUUGUAUAGUCCACGGGAUGCACCAUAUUUAUACCUGUCAGGUGACAAAUCUGAGGUGUUAGAUGUAGAUAAGCCAGACUUGGCCAAGUAUCCUCUGUUCUCCCAGGCGAGGAGAUAUGAAUGUACCUUACACGCAGGAGAUGUGCUGUUUAUCCCAGCCCUCUGGUUCCACAAUACAGUGGCGGAAGAGUUUGGAGUGGGGGUCAAUGUGUUUUGGAAGCACCUGACCCCGGAGUUCUAUGACAGAACAGACACGUAUGGUAACAAGGACCUCACGGCGGCCUCCAGGGCGACGCAGAUCUUAGAUCGGGCCUUGAAGACUCUCGAUGAACUGCCUGAGGAAUAUAAAGAUUUCUAUGCUAGGAAAAUGGUUCUACGUGUACAGGCCAAAGCCUACAGUGCAAACUAUGAAUAACACUGGAACUUUAUACACAGGCUGCAAAUGAAAGGACAUUGUCCAGGAUUAUGGGGUGGGAUGGGGGUAAAUACAUACAGUAUCUCAUGAUUGGUUGGUUCCACUUGUCUGUGAUCCAGGGCAAUUUACUUUUUUUUUGUCCAUUGUUUUACAGACAGCACAUGUUUUAUGUGUUAGUACAUACUGUUGCUCUUCAUAUUGUGUGUUUCUUGUAACUACUUCUUACAAUACAAGAAUAAAGAAAAUAUAUUUUUAUA